AAUUCAAGGGAAAAGAAGAUAGAGUCUGGUGCAUACAAGGAUAUUUCUUUUCCCCCUCCCACUCCCCUUGCUUACAUUGUUCACUGCUCUUGGGGGAAAGAAAAGAGAUGUAAGGCUUUCCCCCUGCUGUCUUUGAAGCAGAGAUGACAAACAAGAUCAAACCCAGCAUCAGCCAGCACUCCUAAAGCACUUCCCCUCUUCGGAGCGCUUUGCUGACAUGACUUGUGGCGAGACCAAAUGCUCUCACCAAGGCAACGCCCACCGAAGCCCGUGGAAUUACAGCGGGGGCCCAGACUUAGCAGAGGCUGCAUUCUCAACAUCAGGCUUGCCUUUCAUCAUGAGUUCCGAGUUAAAUGUCCCUGUGGAUCCUCCCGCAUCCACUUGUUGCACUGAGCCGGCCGCUAAGGGCAUGGACUACCGAGACUGGGUGCGUCGCAGUUACCUUGAGCUGGUCACGUCCAACCAUCAUUCCGUCCAGGCCCUUUCAUGGCGGAAAUUGUACCUGAGCCGAGCCAAGUUGAAAGCUUCCAGCCGGACUUCUGCGUUACUCUCUGGAUUUGCUAUGGUGGCGAUGGUGGAGGUCCAGCUGGAGAUGCAGUACCAGUACCCCCCGAUGUUGCUGAUUGCCUUCAGUGCCUGCACUACCAUCCUUGUGGCUGUCCACCUCUUCGCCCUGCUCAUCAGCACUUGCAUCCUCCCCAAUGUGGAAGCCGUGAGUAACAUCCACAACCUGAACUCCAUUAGCGAGUCCCCCCACGAGCGCAUGCACCCCUACAUUGAGCUGGCCUGGGGCUUUUCCACUGUCCUGGGCAUCCUCCUCUUCCUUGCCGAGGUCGUCCUCCUGUGCUGGAUCAAGUUCCUGCCCGUGGACUCCGUGCUGAGAAACGGCACCGCCAUCGUCCAGAAGACCAGCCAGCACACAGGGUGGCAGGCAGCCCUCAUCUCCACCAUCAUCAUGGUCCCGGUGGGGAUCAUCUUUGUUGUCUUCACCAUCCAUUUCUACCGCUCCCUUGUCCGCCACAAAACCGAGCGCCACAACCGGGAGAUUGAAGAGCUCCACAAACUGAAAGUGCAGCUGGAUGGGCACGACCGGGGGCUGCAGGUUGUGUGAUGGCCAGCGGGUGCCUUUCUGUUUGCAGCUCUGAGGAUUUUCAUAACAGGAAUUAACCCCCAGGUGCCUAAUGUUCUCAGAUGCCAAAACAUUCCCCGGUGGAUGCAGGUCCGGGCGGCCAGCUCCUCGAAUCUGUGGAUGACAUUACUGUGUCGUUAAAACUGAACCCUUUACCUACAUCUAUGCAGUUGUUUGAAGAUGGGCUUGUCCUUUAGAUUUCCACAUUUUUAGGUGGGUGGGAAGGGAGACAGAUUAAGCAAUUU